GACUAUUGACAGAGGCGGCUGCUCUCUUACACCGGUGUCACAUCUGCGCGAGGCUCACCGGCGGACCGGGAAAGAGAGUUGACGGGAGACGUGUGUGUGCGUGGGUGUCUGGAUGUGAUCGCGCGUGGCCGUGAUUUUGAGGAUCCCCACCGACGCCUUUUGUCACCGCAGCUGGACGUGUCGCUCGUGCGGGCGACGUUCAAACCCGGAGAUUCCUUUAUCGUGGCCGCGAGGGCUAAAGGACACCGACAUCGCGUUCUACGGCUAGUCUGUCCGAAUCACACAAUAACGAGUUGCUGCCCGGUGGUUCCGACUGACCCGACUUAUUCAACCCAGGCCGUUCCUCGCGAGCGAAGUGCUGGACGGUUCCGCGAGGCGGUAGAUUCUCGUCGUAUCGUGAUGUUGGAGUCGCGGUGGAGAACAGGAACAUCGCAGCCCUUAUCUCCGGAGCACGCUCGUGCUGUCUAACGGAUCCUGGUCACCGGUAUUGAUGGGUAGUUCACGCGCGCUCGUGUCUGGACAGCCGGUAUCCUGACCUGGGCAGACUCGCCACGUGCGAUGGAGGUGUACUACCAGCUGCCGGUGCUGGCGCUGGACCGGCCCGUUCCGAAGCACGUGCUGGGUCGGAGAGGCGCGAUCAGUCUCAACUCCAGCGCGAGCCUCUUCGGUGGUCGGUCUCCACGCCAGUUGUCAAAGAGACGAGGGGCCAUCUCCUAUGACAGCACCGACCAGACCGCUCUCUUCAUAUGCCUGCUGGACAUGCGAUUGACAGGUCGGGGAAUAAUCAUCAAAUCGGAGAGAGGAGGAGGAGCUAAGCUGACUAGGGUCGACUUCAGACUUCUACACAAUCAGUCUGGAGUGGGAUGGGUAUCUGGGAAACGCCAUCGUCAGCAUCUGAGCCUGCAGCGCUACCUCCACCCAGUCAGAGGCUUCAGCAGCAGUCCGACUCCACCCACUCGACCUGCUGCCCCGCCCCCACAGCCACAACGCACACUCAGCCUUCUGGACCAGCAAUACUACGGACAAGCCUCUGUCAUGCUGAAAAGAGUAGCCAACUGGAAUUUUGACAUCUUCCUGUUUGAUCGUCUUACAGAUGGAGAUUCUCUGGGGUGUGUACUUCAGCAUCUCUUUCAUCAGUAUGGCCUUAUUGAACUGUUUGGAUUGGAUCCUGUGAGAUUCCACAAGUUUGCAGGGAUGCUCCAGGAGGCGUACUACACCAAGAAUCCGUACCACACCUCGGUUCACGCCGCUGAUGUCACCCAGGCCAUUUGCUGCUUCCUACGGGAGCCGAAGUUGGCCCAGUCUCUAACCUCCUGGGAUAUCUUGCUUGCAUUGUUGGGAGCCGCCACUCAUGACCUCAGUCACCCCGGUGUUACGCAAAGCUUCCUCAUCAAAAACAACCACUACCUGGCCAUGCUCUACCAGGAUGGCGCUGUUCUGGAGAACCAUCACUGGAAGCUGGGAGUGUGUAUCCUGAGAGAGUCCGGCCUCCUGUCUCACCUGCCUCUAGAGGACAGGUUGUGCUUUGAGGAUCGUCUGAAUUCUCUGAUUCUGGCCACUGAUAUCAGCAAGCAGAGAGAUUUCCUGAGUCGCUUUGGUGCACACCUGCAGAAUGACGACCUCAACAUGAGCAACGGCAACGACAGACACUUCAUACUGCAGAUGGCACUGAAGUGUGCAGACAUCUGUAACCCCUGCCGGCCUGCAGUCAUCAGCCAACAAUGGAGCCACAUGGUCACUCAGGAGUUCUUCCAGCAAGGUGAUAUGGAGAGAACUUUAAGACUGGAGAUCUCUCCUCUCUGUGACAGACAUUCCAAUGACAUGGGCAACAUCCAGACAGGUUUUAUCUCCUUUGUGGCGGAGCCUCUGUUUGUGCACUGGGCGCAGUUCUGCAAGUCGCCGCUGUCCCGCUGCAUGCUGGGUAACCUGCAAGCGAAUAAGCGCUACUGGAGCGGCACCGCCCCCUAGAGCCCUGGAGGUGUACUGCAGGAGUCCACGCGUCCUCCACCGCCCCCCAGAGCCCUGGAGGAGUACUGCCUCCCCUCACCCCAGUCCCUUGGGCCGCCAUCCUCUCCUCUUCUCUCCGUGGCCAGAUUUUAUGAUGUUUUAUUUGUAUUUAUUAAUUUAUUAAUUUCUAAGAACCUGAUGAGUCUUCCAUUGCCUUCUGUUGUCUUGUGCUUAUCCCCUAGCCCCAAACUAGUGUGCAUGUGGAAUGAAAUAGUCAUUGAAGGUGUGUGUGUGUGUGUGUGUGUGUGUGUGUGUGUGUGCGAUGGGUUUGUUAUUGCCCAUGAGUAAAGAUUCAUGUCUCACGUCUGCUAUGACUAGCACCUGUGCCAUGGUGUGUGUGUGUGUGUGUGUGUGACACAAGGAACUUCAUGAUGGAGUGUUUACAGAAUGGAUGUGCUACCUGUUCUAUGCAUUCACUUGUUCUCUCUCACUCUCUCUUUCUCUCUCCCUUUCUCUCUUUCUCUCCCUCUCACUCACUCACUCACUCACACACACACACACACACACACACUUGCUCUCUCUCUCUCUCUCUCUCUGUUUAAAUAUGCAGGAGGAAAGAACAUCCUUGUAUUACACUGUGACUUGCGGUUUUGGCAUAAAACGCAUAAAAACAAAACACACUCUUGCUCUUCCAAACUCAAACACACUCUUGCUCUUCCAAACUCAAACACACUCUUGCUCUUCCAAACUCAUGCAAUAAUUAAUUGCUAACGGCAAUAAUUUGUAUUUCAUUAGGAUUUGACCUUUUUAGAGUUUUGUACUUUUUCCACAGUAAUGUUGUAGUGUUUUGAUACUCUUCCAGUUCUUGAAUAAAUCUUGACUGAUGCUUGA